AUGGGUGGCUAUCUUCGUUCAUCAGUGGAAGGAGUACCUGGGGCCGUGAGAGGAGAGACCCUACCCUGGGAGCAAACAAAGGCCGUUGGCGAUGUGUUUGUUGGCCCACUUUCGUUCUCAGUAAAUGGAGAGCUGGUUGCAGCUGAAAAAGCAGAGGAUGCUGUCAUGUGGAAGGAGCAGCGCGAGCAGGUGGGCGCCGCGGCCCCGCCUCCCCGUCCCGGCGGCGGCCGCACGGUGCACGGCGUGCAGCCCGGCCAGGGAGCGGCGCGGGCGGCGGGCAGCGGGCCGCCUGAGCCACUGCGGAGCGCUAGCCUGGCGGCGGCUCAGGACUUGAGGACCAGGACGGCGGGCGGGACAGAGCCGGAGCAGCGCCGCCUCUUCCCCCCAAGCGCAGAGGCCCCCAGACUGAAGAAGGACGCGCCCCAAGGUCGGAGUGCACUGUUGGCAGAUAUUCAGCAAGGGACUCGCUUAAGGAAAGUCACUCAGAUCAAUGACCGAAGCGCCCCCCAGAUCGAAAUUUCGAAAGGAGCCAAUAAAGAAAGCGGAGGUGCUCCUGGGAAUUCCCGAGGGUGCAACCCACCGGCCCUGGGAGGCCUGUUUGCAGGUGGCUUUCCUGUGCUGAGGCCAGCGGGCCAGAGGGACGGCUCAGGUGGUGGGUCCAGAGCUCCGUCCCCUCGGCUUCCCACGAAGAGCAUCAACGCUCCGCUGAACCCCCCUGCGUCUCCGAGACUGGGCAAUGCAUCGGACACCUCGGCCCUCUGCAGAUCUGUCCCUCCCCGCCCCAACGUGCCCGCCCCUCCUCCUCCCACCACCCCUCCCCCGCCUCCUCCUCCCCUCCCUCCAGCCGUGGUUCUCUCUGCCAUUGGCAAGCCCCCCCUCGUCUCCCCCCCGGCUCUGAUGACCAAAACGUCCGCCCAGAUAGUGCCGCCCCCUCCCCCCACCAUGGCCCCCCCACCUCCUCCCCCAACGCCCCCUCCUCCCCCGCCACCUGUGCAGGGCGAGAAGGCGGCGAAGCCCACGAUCGGGCCGCUGCACCUGCCCCCUCCUCCGCCCCCUCUGCCCCUUGUUCCCCCCUGUGGCUUUCCUGGGCCAGUUUCAGAGGCUUCUGCUCCCAGCCCUCCUCCGCCAGACCUUCGGGAUCCCCCCCUCCCCGCCUCCACCCCCUCCACCCCUCCCUCUCUAUUCCUGCCCUUCCCCAGAUCAUCUUUGUCCCCGACGUCCCUGCCAGGCUCCAAUGGCGGCAGUGAUUCUGCCCCUCCGCUUCCACGCAAGUCCCCUAAUGCCAGCUUGCAGUCCGUGCCCCUUCCACCCACCCCCCCAGCCUCCCAGUCCACCAUACUGGUGCAGAAGAAGAGGCCUGGCAGAGGGGCAGGGACUGGCGGCGGGAAGCUGAAUCCACCCCCAGUUCCCCCAGCAAGGUCCCCCACGACAGAACUGUCCAGCAAAAGUCAGCAGGCCCUGGCCUGGGUGGGCACACCACAGCCUGGAGCCCCCUUGAGGAAUGGAAACUUCCACAUCACAGAUGACUUUGAGUCCAAGUUUACUUUUCACUCUGUAGAAGACUUCCCCCCUCCUGAUGAGUACAAGCCCUGCCAGAAGACAUAUCCCAGCAAGGUCCCCAGAAGUCCAACUCCAGGUUCCUGGCUCCCAACAGAAACAACUGGCCGGGGCAGUGAGGACACCAAGGGCCGAAACUCUCAGCUACCACUGAAAACUCUACGGUAAGAAGACAAAUGAAGUCAAAGUCCCAUCAUCAUGCCCUGGUCUGUAUAGCAGGAUGGAGGAACUGUCCAAGAAUGCCAUCAGCAACCACACCAAACUCAAGCUUUUGUUUUUCAUCUGACAAGCAAGUUCAGCAGCAAGCCCUUAUUUAUUAUAGUUAGGUUGUUUGCACAGGCUUGGAAUCAGUGUUGUAGCUGUCUUUAUUUUAGCGAUUUAUUUUUGAAAUGUGCCCAGAUUGUGGCAGCCCAUUUGUCUCAGUUAAUACAAAGAGCCUGAUUAGUGGUAUUGGAGAGAGGGCAUUUACUCCUCUCCCUGUUCAGUGUUCAUUCUAUGACUGUAAAUAGCCCCGGGGGCUGGCCCUUCCAUGUCUUGAGUCAUCUUUAGAGAAGUGUGAGCUAGUCCCCCUAUUCAAGAGUACAUGGUGACUCAUCGAUGAUGUGAUUUCAUAGUCUAAUUGCACCAGCUAGGUAAUGAAACCAAAAAAUGCCUUACAGAAUGGAGAACAAACAGUGUACCCACACUAGAGCACAUGGGUUCGCCCGUUAGCAUGGCAUGACCAGAAUGUCCUGGCUCUCUACCCUUUCUCCCCCUUUCCCUUGGAUUUUCAACAUGUGGAUUUUGUUGCCUAAUGUAAAUAUGACCCUUAAUAAAAAAAAAAAAAGGAGAGGAGGGAUUUUGUUUCCA